CGAAGAAAGACCCGAUGGAGACAGAAUGCCACGCUAUACUGUCGAAGAAGCUUACAGCGAAGACGAAGAGCCAUCCGCCGAAGAGGUAGAACCAUCCGCCAUAGAGGAGCCAUCCACCGGAGAUAAAGAGCAACCCGAAGAGUUAGAGCAGCCUCAAGAUUCGGUCUCUGUUUCUGCCGGCCAGGGAUUGACCGGCGUCGAAGGAACUAUGACGGCGGCCGAAGGACAAGUACAGCAGCCAAUUGGGAAUCCUAACAACGAGGAACAAGAUCCGGAGCGUCAGUUCUUAAAGCUACCGGAGAAGCGGGCGAUGCCGGAUAUAGCAGAGGGACGGAGCGGCAGCGUCGUGAUAACUGGGAAUCAGAAUACAACUGAGCAACAAGAUCCGAAGAAACGUCCACCGCCGGCACUAUCGGGAGCGGCGGCGCAGAAAAUUGCAGAACAAGGAUCAUCUGAUUCUGAUGGAAAACCAUCCACUGUGCACGAAGAAACAUCCACCGCCGACGAAGACCCAACCGAUGAACUCGAAAAGCCAGCCACCGGAGACGAAGAAUCAUCCGCCGGAGACGAUGAGCCAUCUUCUGAAUACAAAGAACCGAGCGGUAAAGACGAAGAACCACCCAGUGAAGGCGGAGAAGAACCAAUCAUCAGAGUAUCUUGGUAUAAGGAACCCCCGCUGGAGGGAAAAUCAGAGAAUCGGGAAACAGAGGAGAAAGAAGAACCCGUCAUCGAGCUCGAUUAUCUCGUCUUCAAGAGCUGGGAAGAUCCCAUGGGAGAAGCAAAGCAGCUGCAAAUUUCGAAUCCCCUGCCGACGCCGGCGUUGAUUUGCUUGGAUGAAUCUAUAACGACGGCGGAUUUGUCGACGCAGCCGACUGGGAAUCAAGGAAAUCUGCCGCUGAACUUGAAUUUAUCUGAGAACGGGAUGCAGGACAUAUCAGAGCAAUGGAGCGGCCGCGCCCUUCAUCCACUUGCAGUCCCGGAAUUCACAGCAACUGGGAAUCCGAGCUAUCCGCCGCUGAAUUUGAAAUUACCGGAGUCGGCGAUGCAAGACAUAGCAGAGCGAUGGAGCGGCCGCGCCGUCGUCCCGGAUUUCGGAUUUCCGGCAGCCGCGCUGGCGGUCCCACUGCCGCAGCUGCCUGCACAUUUUGGGCAUGCGGCGACUAAUGUGCCUGGGCUUAUUCCUCCACCGCCGGUGAACGUCGGAGUGCACAUCCCCGCUCCCGUCAUCGACGGCGGCAAUCUUCAGGAUGUCGAGAUGAUUCCCGUUUCUGAUUCGCCGCCGCCUUCGACCGAUUUGCGCCUCCGACCCCCUUCCCCCCGCCGACGGUUGCCGUCCACCGAUUUACGCCUAGGGCCGCCUUCCCCGCCGUCUGAUUUCGCCGGCGGCGAAAACGCGUCCGGAGCAGAGAUGAGUGAAUGAGGCUUUUUUUUUUUUUUUUUUUUUGUGAACAUAGUGGACUUUUUUAGGUAAACUGUAAAUGGGCUUUUUCUGCUGAGCGGAAUCGAAAGUUCCAACUCAAAUCCAUACAGAAACAGAGAUGUUUUGCUGGUUUCAGAUUGCUGACUUGGUGUAGUAGAUUUGCAAGUGUUUCCGAAGUAUCAAGUUUGGAUUUCAUGAGUUGGUAUAGAAAAUAACUACCUUUGAGUAUAGAAAUCAAUAGAAAAUGUAAGG